AUGCAAGAAGAACGAAGCAGGUCCUCUUAUCGACCAAACCUCCAUGGACUCUCGAGCUAUUAUCGGUAAAUUAUUCACAUUAUUUUCUGAUCUCUAAAGUUCCUCACGCAGAGAACGAUUCGGAAGUCAUUCACCAGAAGAAUACCUAAAUUUGCGCAUCUCCGGAUUCGAUGACGCUAUGGAUCGAGAUGAAAUCAAGCAGAAAUUGACUCAUGAGUUCAGGAAGUACGCCCCGUUUGAGGUACACUGUUAAGUAAGAAAAAACAAUAAUAUGAAGAGUAGCUUUAGAUAAAAGUCGUGAAAAACCCAGAAGAAGACGAACGACUUGCGUACGUCAAUUUCGAACGAAAGGAAUGCGCCCGGAAGGUGCGCUACACGAUGAUGGAGCGACUGAAAGACGUGCUCGGAAAGCAUGUCCAGUGUGAUCCGGCAGGGAUUCUCAGAGAUCAGGAAGGGAAGUACAUUCCUGAUCGUUUCAAUCGUGCACAACAAGGCGAUCGACGAGAUCCCGGUGGAAACAACCGUAGCCGUCCGACAAAGGAGCCUUCCACGUGGCGACUCAAGCAAGACGAUGACGAAGCAACUCGUACCCUUUUUGUCGGAAAUAUGCCAUCAGAUGUGAAAGAACGCGAAAUACGAAGUGUUUUCGAGAAAUACGGAAAAGUGGAGGAAGUGGACAUCAAGACUCCGAUAAAUACAGAUGCUGCUUACGCUUUCGUCAUGUUCACGGUCAGUACAAAUCCGUGUUUCCGUUUAGGUAUAAAUAAAAACGUUCAGACAGUCGAUCAAGCGAUUGAAGCGAAGAACGGGGAGCAAAAUGAGCAAGUUCGAAUUGGUGGAUCUCGGAUGAAAAUUGGUUACGGAAAGAGCCAGGUUUCACGGAAAUUGAUCGUUGGCGGGCUCAAUAAGGCAUGCGAUAAGGAAACGUUGCAAAAAGUGUUCGGGUCGUACGGAUUCAUCGACGAUAUAGAAUACAGCAACGGAUCGGAUAUCGCAUAUAUUGUAUUCGAAAACACGCAUCAAUCUCAAGAAGCUUGUCGCUGUCUACGAGGACAAUCCGUGCCUGGAAGUGAACGUCCCAUUAUGGUGGAUUAUGCCAAAGACACGUCCGUACAACCGGAAAAGCAGUACAUGAGAAAGCGACGAGCAUCAAGGUCUCCUGUCAGAACGAAAGGACCCAGAACUCCUCCAGGAUCACCGAAAGAUACAGUGCAUAGUUUCGAAGAACUUGAUGAAAGUUAUGCAGCCACGUGGAGUGGUAAAAUGGCACUGAAGAAAAAAGACUACUUGGUCAAGUUCUAUCGAGUGUACGGAGCAGAACGCCUCGUGGUCAACUUGCUUCGUGACGAAGACGACGCUCCUCUUCAUUUAAAUAUAACUCAAAGGUAUCAAUCAUAAUCCAUUCUCAAAUAUUUACGAACAUCCCUUUUCCAGACUUAGUCUCAAUCCUCACACACCCAACAAUGCUCUUUAUGACAAGUUAUCGUGUUGCACUUCGAAAGAACUGAGUCUUGGAGUAAUCUGUGGAAGAAAGAAUCUUGAAGACCUGCAGCCCCUAGUCAAUUACUUCACUAACAAAGAUGCAGCAGGUAAUCCACUUCUCAAGUAACAACUUAAUCUGGUUAUCAGGCGUCGCAAAUGUUCCCGGUGGAAUGCUGUACAUAUUUCCGUACUCCGACUUCGCUCUUCGACUGCUCAAAGAGUUUGCCCCGCAAAUCGAAGUCUUCAAUGAUGAUAGCCCGUUUUUGCUUGGAGCACUUGCCGUCUCCGUCUCUCAAGAGCCCGGAAGUUCAUCAGACUAA